AUGGAGAAGAGCUAUGAGGGCGGCGCGAUGAGCAUGGCCAGCCAAGCAAAAGCUCGAGACCAGCGAGCCAAGGCCACGCCCUCACCCGGCCUUCUGCAUCAACUGGUCUACGAUACUCAGACCAAAGAGAGAUCAGAGUACACCACGUGGAGAGUGCAGCGUGCUGCGAGACGAUUCGUUCGAGCAGCCGUUCCGUUCACUGGCAUGUGCAUCUCCGUGAUGAGCUUGCAUUUUCUGGAGGGCGGCAUGGCCCCGACCAGAUAUCUGCAGACUUGCGGCAUGAUGGCUGCUCUGUGUUUGGUAAGCUUUCACUGCGCCCGAUCGUUCUUUUCGUCUGCAAUGUCGAGGAGCAUCUUUCUGCAGCUGGCCUUCUUUGGCUGCCAGGAGGUGUUGCUGACAGCUGCAGCAUCAUCGAUGCGCGCAGGCUCUUCGCAGCUCAUCUUCUACGUCAGUACAGCCCUGCCUUGGCUCUUUCUUUUUGCGGCCCUGGGACGAGUGCCUCUGGGCUUGCUCCUUGCAGUGGUGUGUCCCUUGCAUAUGGGCUGCUGGCUGGCACUCCGCGCGGCUUGCACGGGUCUCUCAUCGCACUGCUUGGCGCUGGGCCUUCUUCAAUGUGCAGGUGCCGUGCUGACGCAUUUUGCUGUUGAGACUGCCGAGCUUGAGAACUUCCGUUUCCUGUCGGCCCUUACCAGCGAACAGCAGCACAUGGAGUCCAUGCACAUGGUCUUUCGAGGAAUGGUUUCCAGCCUUUUCGAUGCAUCCUGCAUCUGUAAUGAUGAUGGCCAGGUUCAUUGCUGGUCUCAGUCCGCCCCACCGACCGAUGAGAUGGAUUUGGCGACGGCGUCACUGGUUACAGCAGAGAAUCUCUUCGACUUGACUUCCAAUGUGGCAGAGUCGAAGCAGCUGUCGGACUUCCUCCAGCACCUGAGCUUGAAAGCUUUGGCAUCAGCAGAGAGGGCGGCGAGUGUCACCAUCAAGCUCAAAAGAAGCAUCUUCGAGGUCCAGCUGUACGGCUUCAAGGUGCCGGCGCGAACCCAUCGAUUGAAGUCUCCGUCCGAGACUGGCUUCGGAGAGGGGCGGAUCUUGAUCGGGGUGAAGCUCACAGCUGCCCAAGAGGCCCGCGCAACCUCCAAGGGGCGAUCUGGCGUUGACUCCCCGGGGUCGAAGGCCGCAAGCAGGAGGUGCCACGAUGUGUCCAGAGGUGGCCCUUCGCGUCAAGUCUCCGGGGGGCCAAACAUGCCACUGCGCCAAGUAUCCGGAGGGCCAAGCAUCCCGCUCAUCCCACUGGAUGCUGAGGCAACUUCUCCGCACAAAGGGCUUCGUACAUCUCCAUCUUUCGGCGGUGCGUUGGCCGAUGACGAGCUCGGACCAAUCAGGAGGGACUCCAAGCAAAAGAGUGCCAAUUCCGAGCAAAGUCCCGCCAAGGUGCUACACCGGACUAAAUCUGAUACGGAUGGCCUGGCAGACGAUGAGCAGGGAAAAGCUGCUCCCAAGAGGACUGCUCAGCGAACAGGCGGCAUCACCAGCCGGCUGCACAAACGAGCGAUGCUGGGUGGGAUGAAACCUUUGCAGAUGGACUGUGACAAGGUCGUCGCUGAAACGACGGAAACCUUCGUGGACGCAGCAGAGAAGUACGACAUGUUGGAGCUGAUUGGCAGAGGGAGCGCGGCGGUGGUCAAAAAGGCGGUGCGGAAGCAGGAUGGCGUCGUUGUUGCUCUCAAGAUUGCCGGUUCCAAAGACAACUUCUCUUUGGCCGAGGCAGAAUUCCGGAUGCUGCAGUCCAUCAAGCAUCCGCAUGUAAUUCGGGCGCUCGACUUCUUUGCCACAUCCGUCAGCGCGAUCAUGGUCUUGGAGUUCUUCGAAGGUGGCAGCUUAGAGGAAGCGGUCCCAAAGCUGCCUGGAUCGCGUCUUCCGGAGCUGAAAGCCCGGUCCCUGUUCAAAGCGCUGCUGUCAGCCGUGUGCUAUCUGCAUACCCGGCGCAUCAUCCACCGAGAUGUAAAGCCGUCCAACGUCGUGGUGUCGGCCGACUUUUCCGACUUGCGACUACUGGACUUCAACGUCGCCAAGCGCUUGACAGAAGGAGGAGCCUUGACAUUGACAGGGACACGGCUCUACUGCGCACCGGAAGUUCUCGACGGCGAGCCACCAAACGAAGCCAAUGAUGUCUGGGGCUGUGGCCUUUGCGUUUACUUCAUGCUCGCCGGCCGGCUUCCCUGGAAGAUCCUGCCCACCGAGAACUUCUUCGAGACGCUGCCGGCGCUUCGGGUCUCGGGAUCCUGGUGCCUUUCACUGUCGGAGCCCUGCAAGUCGGUACUGCGCCAAUGCUUGACGAUCGACCCAAUCUGGAGACCGGCUGCGACGACCAUUAUGCUGCAUGAGUGGUUCUGGAUGCAGUAA